UUCAGCUUGGCAGCCACAAAACCUGGCAGAGGGCUGAGAAACUUGUAUCGAGUGGGCCAGACCGAGAGAGACGGGCACCGGAGCAAGUGGUUUGUGACCAAAGCAAGGAGGCUAGCAGACGCUGGUCCAGAAGGCUACUAACAGGAUGAGGAUAGGCCACCACGUGGGCCGACAGGGAUUAGGAGUCAGUGAGAGGUAAACAGAUUAGUCCAGAUAAAGAGGCAGCGUUUUUAACCUCAUCACUCCCCUUACACCCUGCAGAGCAUCUUCCACCCACUCGCACACUUGAGACCAAAUCUGUACCCAAGAAUCUGCUCCAUCUGUCAGGAAUACAACCCAACCUACAGUAGUGACCACAAACAGCCCCGUCCAUGGAAGCCUGGACACAUAGUCGAUGGAAAUUAACUCUUCCACCCUCGGAUGUGAGAUAAGUCAAUACGGACUGUAAUUUUCUUUCCAAAUGAGUGACUUAACAUCCAAAAGGACAUAAUCUACUGCAACAUGCCAUUGAAAACAGGAUUAUUCCUCAUUCUGUUCUUGUUUACCCUCCAAGCCACUAGAAUCAAAGAACUCACUGCUGACGACUUGAUUCUCAGGAUCAGAAAUGUGAAGUACAGGCACUUCCUGGAGACUCCACAGCCAAUCAAACAGCUGACAGAUGGCGGAGAUUCGCUUUCUCUAGACGCGCAUCGAGCAAAGAGAUCAGCGCUGUUUAGUACGGGGGUGAAAGUCUGUCCUCAGGAGAGCAUGGCGGAGGUCAUCACCAGCCAUAAAGCCUACUACAAACUAAGAGUUUGUCAAGAAGCUGUGUGGGAGGCCUUCCGGAUCUUUCUUGACAGAGUUCCUGACACCAUGGAGUACCAGCAGUGGGUGUACGCCUGUCAGAGAGACUCGCUUUGCAUGGAGGAUCUGGCCCGAAAUUUUAGUAGCACACAGGAGCAUCUUGACAUGGUAGCCAGUAGAGUGAAAGCCCAAGACGAACAGGCGAGGGCUCUCACACCUGCACCGGGCGAGAAAUGUUCAAAGAGUCCCGCAGAGCUUUUCAUCAUGGAAUCUGACAGCGAAACUGGGGCACCAGAUGUUGUCCCUCAGAGGCUGGUGGAGCACAUUGUGGAGUUCAGUGUGACUAUACUAGACCCUGCACUACUGAGGGAUCCAGGCAGCCCUCAAUAUCAAGACUUCACUCGCAAUCUUCAUGAGAAGAUGCUGCAUGUGUUUGACAAACUUCCUGAGUUUAAAGAGAUUCGGCUGCUGGGAUUUCGCCCUGAAGAUGCUGCAGCAAGCUAUGCUGUAGUGUUUGAGAUGGAUGGGACACGGGCUAUAGGUGACACAGACUCCACUGAUGAAUAUGGCAUCGAGGGACUCCUAAAGGGCAUGGUGGUGAAGGCGCUAAGUGAGGACACAUCACUUCCUGUGGACGUGCUUUCCCUUACUUUCGAACCAGACUCUUUAACAACAGACAAGGAGGACCGCAUAAGAUCCAGUACUGAAAUCAGCAAAGAAUCAAGGUUUUUACCUGGUGAAAUGAGUACACAGUCCACAAAAGCCAACUUGGAGCACUUGAGCACCUCUUUUGGAGAUCUAGGACUUUUUAGGACCCAAACAGAUUUGGGUGAGAGGACAGAAAGGAGUGAUAUACAGAAAUUACCUGUUCCGACACAACCAGUAGCCACUGAGCUAAUUAACAGCUCCCAUCUUGAGGGUUCAAAGACGGCAGGUCUAACCACUGAAGGCACUUUAACACCCGAUGGUUUUCCAAGAACCACUACAGUGGAUUACCUAUCAAAGUGGUCGGAAGUCAAAGAGGAUGUGGGAAAUGAAAUUGUUGCCACAGCUUCAUCACCGAACUUGGAGUCUUUUGAAGUAGCAACAGCAUCUUCUUCAACUCAAACUGAAAUGGAUUUUGAUAUAACACCAGAGGCCACUCCUGCAGAGGCAACAUCAUCAAUCUUGACAUCCGUAACCCCUACUGAGCGAGCUCAAGAUGCUAUAUUUCAUGAAGAUGACACAAUUGGCCCAUCCGAACCUUUAGAGACCUCAACUGAAAGUCUUCCUUCAUACCCUAAGGGUUCAGUUGAGUCGCCCACUUUAGUUGAUCCUAGUGACCAUGUAGAGUCUCCAUCGGUCAGUGCCACCGAAGACACACUCCAUCGAAAGGUGCCUGCACUUGAAGAACCAAUUCUCCCUGCAGCAAUUCCUUCUGAGCUAACGCCCACAGAAGACCUCAUUUCACACCUGACCCCGAAUAAUUUCCUGGAUGAAGAGGGACAGACUCUCGGGACAGUUUCACCUCCCCCACUUGAAGGUAGUACAGAUAUUGGCAGAGAUGUUGAACAGUCUGAUGAGGAGGACGACACUUUGGACUCUGGGAGUGGAUUCCCCGACGAAAACCCGCAAUCCUCAGCUCGUCCACUAGGUUACGUUACCACUCCGUCAAUGAUGGCUUCUAACCAGGCCAAAGAGUUAGUGGUGUUUUUUAGCUUACGUGUGACUAAUAUGAUGUUUUCGGAGGAUCUUUUCAACAAGAGUUCCCCCGAGUACAAAUCACUGGAGAACACGUUUCUUGAACUGAGGCAAUUCUCUGAACCAAGUGACUCGCCAAACCCAGAGGCUUCUAGUCAAGUGACAGAGAGAGAACAGAAGACAUUAGCCUCAAUACCGCUCCUGCCGUAUCUACAGUCCAACCUGACUGGAUUUAAAGAGCUGGAGAUUCUGAACUUCAAGAACGGCAGUGUGGUGGUAAACAGCAAGAUGAAAUUAGACAAACCGCUUCCAUACAAUGUUACGGAGACGGUGCAGUGUGUGCUUGAGGACUUCUGCAAUGCGGCAUCUAAGAGACUGAACAUGGAAAUCGACUCCCAAUCAGUGGAUGUGGAAGCAGCCGAUCACGCCGAUCCAUGUAAGUUCAUGGCGUGUAACGAGUUCUCCCGCUGCGUGGUGAACACGUUAACCAUGCAGCCCGAGUGUCUGUGUGAUCCGGGCUACAGCACGGAGGACGGCAAUCCCUGCACCAGCAUCUGUGAUCUACAGCCUGAAUACUGCCUGAAUGGAGGCCUGUGUGAAAUCAUACAAGGACAUGGAGCAGCCUGCAGAUGCCCUGUAGGUAAAUUCUGGCACUACCAUGGAGAACGCUGCAACGAAUUGGUGUCUGUGCCAGUUGACCCUCUCCUUUUCGUAGCCUGCCUGGUGGGAAGCCUCUCAGUGGUUUGUGCUGUGAUAGGCAUCUUGAUUUUCAUUAACAAGAAAUGUAUACGGAGCAGAAAGACCAUGAGACUUGUGCGUUCACAAUCUGCAUUCCCAUUUGGUAAUACUAUGAGAGUAAACCCAGUUUUUGAGAAUGACGAUGGGGUCUUAACACAUGUGUCAAGCAUGCUCUGUCCCAUGAGCUCUGACUCAGCCUCCUUACAACACUCAGGCCAAGGCACAUUUCGAUCACUUGAAAGUUUACAGCUUAGUACUGAGAUCCCCAGGCAACUCUACACCAGAAGAUCAGAAAAGUUAAUGUCAGAAAUGGUUGACUUCCAUCAGUGUAUACCACAUAACGAGACGUGGCGACGGUCCAGCAGGUCUUCUUGCUGUUUUUUGAGGAGUCCUGACAGUGACAGCUUUGAAGUGACUGUUUUAUGAUGUCCAGACACUUUUUUUUAAGUUAAGCAUGGCACCAAAGCUCUUCAGCGCUAGUCAAGCAACUCAACUCUGCUGGUUUCUUAUAGAAAUUUGGUGAGUGUAUGAUACAACCUGUACUCAAGGAUCUGCCAUACUUUUGGACAACACCUCCAGGAAUGAGGACUUACGUUUUAGAUCCGUCCUGAACUUGUUGUUAAUUGUACCUGCAAAAAUUGUAAACUGUAUAUGAGACAUGUAAUGUGUUGGAUGCUUUGAAUCCUUGUCAAAGGUUGUUUCCUCCCUCACAAUGAGGUAUUUAUUUACAAAUUGAUACACUGGGUUGUAUCUUAAAUAGAAAAUAGAUUCAAGUAAUCUCUUCUAGUCUAUCCUCAGUGUUUUAAA